AGAUAGAAUGUGUGCCCACUGACGAGUCAUUAUUUCAGCGAUAUUUCGUCGAUUUCCGCAGCAGACAGUCGGCACACCGCAUCGGUAACGGAAGGACAGAAACCACGUGUUUGUCUUCUACAGGGGAUUUUGGUCAGAGUUAACCCUCAGCAUCUCUCUGUCAGGAUGUGGAUGAUGUUACAGAGGGUGGCGGUGAUUGGUGCCGGGGCGGCGGGUCUCUGUGCGGCCCGACACAUCCUGUCCCGUCCGAACAGCUUCGCUCCCCCUCAGGUGUUCGAGCUCACCGAGAACAUCGGAGGAACCUGGUGUUACGAUGAACGAGUCGGGACGUACGACAACGGAUGGCCAAUACACAGCAGCAUGUACAGAAACCUGAGGACCAACCUACCCAAAGAGGUGAUGAUGUUCCCUGAUUUCCCUUUUGAGUCUCACCUCAGCAGCUUCCUGCCCCAUCAGGAGGUCCAAAGGUACCUGGAGAGGUACUGUGAGAGCCACGACAUCCGGCCUCACAUCAGGUUCAACACAGUGGUGGAAAAUGUGAAGCCUGUUGUCGUGACGGCAGAGGGCGAGGCGUCAAGGACGACGUGGGAGGUAACAUCGUCAGACUCAUCAGGUCGUCAGAAAACAGAGACGUUUGACUCUGUGUUCGUCUGCUCGGGGCACUACUCCAACCCUCACAUCCCAGACAUACCAGGCAUCGAGAACUUUAAAGGACAGGUUCUCCACAGUCAUUCGUACCGGUAUCCAGAGCCGUACUCGGGUCAGUCCGUGGUGGUUCUGGGAGCCAAAGCUUCAGGACUCGACAUUUCCAUCGAACUGGCUAAAGUCGGCGCUCAGGUGAUUCUGAGCCACGGUCGACCUCGUUUAACCUUCCCUCUACCUCCUGGGAUACGGCAGUCCACUCCUGUGGUCGCAGUCGACGAGGACGGCAGAAUCCAGUUUCAGGACGGCUCAGUGAGCGCCGCUGACGUCCUGAUGUUCUGCACCGGAUACAACUUCAAGUAUCCAUUCCUGGAUUCGGCUCAGCUGGGUCUGGAGAUCCAGGACCACGUGGUGUCUCCUCUGUACCGCUUCCUGAUUCCCCCCGCCUUCCCCUCGCUUUUCUUCAUCGGCAUCUGCAAGAUCAUCUGCCCCUUCCCAAACUUCAACUGCCAGGUCCAGUUCGCUCUGGCCGUCUUGGAUGGCUCGGUCACUUUACCGUCCCGGGAUCAGAUGGAGAACGAGGUCCGACGAGAGCUCCAGGAGAAGAUAGAGAGAGGAAUCGAGCAGCGCCACCUGCUGAUCAUGGAGCAGGAUCAGUGGGAAUACUGCCAGACGCUGGCUGCCAUCGCCAGAUUCCCACCCCUUCCGCCGGCCGUGCGUAGCCUGUACGAGGAGGUUUGGAGACAGCGGCGGAUUCACCCUGAGGACUACCGGAAACUGAACUACAGGAUGGUUAGUGAGUCAGAGUGGGAGCUGGUGGAGUGAUGGACAGAGGAACACGCUAAAACUGAGGAACCACGACGCUUUAUUUACUUUAUUUAAGACUCCAGACCAGGAGACAUCAGUCCAACAAAUACCAGUGCCAUUAAGACCCUUCUGAUCCAUCUUUUUUGAGACUGGCUGAAGCUUUAAUCAGAGUUUUAUUCUACAUUUAUGAGCUGUACUUUCCUUUAAAUAUGUCAUAAAGUUGUCGAUACACUUGUCGUUA